CAAACUCAAGUGAAACUGUAAAUACAUCUUAUAUGUUAAUAAAUCUAUGUACCAAUUAAAGUGGUGGACAAACAUCAUUUCUUAAUGUUAAACAUUUUGGGUUUCAAAAUGUCAAAUCAAUAAAUGCCACUGGAUCAUGAAAAACAACAACAACAACAAAAAUGUUGAAGGUGUCUAAUGUUGCUGGUGUGGGCAGGAGUCAUGAAAGAGGAACAAAGAUUUACUUCUUGUGCAAGAAAAAAACGUGAAGAGUGUGAAAUCCAUCAGUUUAAUGCCUGCUGGAGAGACUCACCAGAACACGUAUGUCAAUCAGAAUGGCUCUGCCCCUUCCUCUGGUGUUUCUGCUCAUGAUUCAUGGGGUUUCUAGUGCUGGUUGGGGUGUGAGUUACAGUCCUUCACACAUCUGUGCACUAAAUGACUCAUCAGUGAUAAUGAGAUGCACUUAUACAUACCCUACUGGAUAUCAGAUCAAGAACGUGUUUUGGACAAAAGCCUUUAUUAGGGGUGAAAAGCCUCCAGAUCUGUCUGAGGACCCUGAAUACAGUCAGAGGCUUCAGUAUCUGGGAGAUAAACAGCAGAACUGCACCAUCAGACUGAGUCAUGUGACACUGAAGGAUUCACGCAUGUACUAUUUCAGAUUCAUCACUGAUAAACCUGAUGGUAAAUGGAUUGGUGAUCCAGGAGUGACUCUUGCUGUCACAGAUCUUCAGGUGGAGUCUCCUGAGAGAGUGACAGAGGGAGAUUCAGUCCGUCUGACAUGUAACAGCAGCUGCACUCUGACUGACAGAGCAACAUUCAUCUGGUACAGAAACUCACAGCCAUUAACUGAGAGAAGAGACAGAAACAAUGAACUCCUGCUGCAGUCAGUCAGAAGAGAGGAUGCAGGCAGAUAUAGCUGUGCUGUACACGGACACAAUCACAUCUCUCCUGCUGUUGAACUCAAUGUCACGUAUCCUCCAAAGAGCGUCUCAGUGUCCAUCAGUCCAUCUGGUGAAAUAGUGUCAGGAGAUUCAGUGACUCUGAUCUGCAGCAGUGAUUCAAACCCUCCUGCUCUGAACUUCAGCUGGUUUAAAGGAAGAACGUUUGUAGGAUCUGGAAGAAUCUACAGCAUCUCAAAGAUCAGCUCUGAUGACAGUGGAGAAUACAAGUGCAGAUCCAGAAAUCAACAUGGAGAGAAAUACUCUGAUGCUGUGACUUUAAACGUCAUGUGGGUUUCUAGUGCUGAUUGGGGUGUGAGUUACAGUCCUUCACACAUCUGUGCACUAAAGAACUCAUCAGUGAUAAUGAGCUGCACUUAUACAUACCCUACUGGAUAUCAGAUCAAGAACGUGUUCUGGACAAAAGCCUUUAUUAGGGGUGAAAAGCCUCCAGAUCUGUCUGAGGACCCUGAAUACAGUCAGAGGCUUCAGUAUCUGGGAGAUAAACAGCAGAACUGCACCAUCAGACUGAGUCAUGUGACACUGAAGGAUUCACGCAUGUACUAUUUCAGAUUCAUCACUGAUAAACCUGAUGGUAAAUGGAUUGGUGAUCCAGGAGUGACUCUUACUGUCACAGAUCUUCAGGUGGAGUCUCCUGAGAGAGUGACAGAGGGAGAUUCAGUCCAUCUGACAUGUAACAGCAGCUGCACUCUGACUGACAGAGCAACAUUCAUCUGGUACAGAAACUCACAGCCAUUAACUGAGAGAAGAGACAGAAACAAUGAACUCCUGCUGCAGUCAGUCAGAAGAGAGGAUGCAGGCAGAUAUAGCUGUGCUGUACACGGACACAAUCACAUCUCUCCUGCUGUUGAGCUCAAUGUCACGUAUCCUCCAAAGAGCGUCUCAGUGUCCAUCAGUCCAUCUGGUGAAAUAGUGUCAGGAGAUUCAGUGACUCUGAUCUGCAGCAGUGAUUCAAACCCUCCUGCAGAAAUCAGCUGGUUUAAAGGAAGAACGUUUGUAGGAUCUGGAAGAAUCUACAGCAUCUCAAAGAUCAGCUCUGAUGACAGUGGAGAAUACAAGUGCAGAUCCAGAAAUCAACAUGGAGAGAAAUACUCUGAUGCUGUGACUUUAAACGUCAUGUGGGUUUCUAGUGCUGGUUGGGGUGUGAGUUACAGUCCUUCACACAUCUGUGCACUAAAGAACUCAUCAGUGAUAAUGAGCUGCACUUAUACAUACCCUACUGGAUAUCAGAUCAUGAGAGUGUUCUGGACCAAAGACCCUGUAAAAGAGGAUGGAGAGUAUCUAGAUCUGUCUGAGGACCCUGAAUACAGUCAGAGGCUUCAGUAUCUGGGAGAUAAACAGCAGAACUGCACCAUCAGACUGAGUCAUGUGACACUGAAUGAUUCACGCAUGUACUAUUUCAGAUUCAUCACUAAUAUAACAGAAGGAAAAUGGAUUGGUAAACCAGGAGUGACUCUUGCUGUCACAGAUCUUCAGGUGUCUCAGUCUCCUGAGAGAGUGACAGAGGGAGAUUCAGUCCGUCUGACAUGUAACAGCAGCUGCACUCUGACUGACAGAGCAACAUUCAUCUGGUACAGAAACUCACAGCCAUUAACUGAGAGAAGAGACAGAAACAAUGAACUCCUGCUGCAGUCAGUCAGAAGAGAGGAUGCAGGCAGAUAUACCUGUGCUGUACACGGACACAAUCACAUCUCUCCUGCUGUUGAGCUCAAUGUCAUGUAUCCACCAAAGAGUGUCUCAGUGUCCAUCAGUCCAUCUGGUGAAAUAGUGUCAGGAGAUUCAGUGACUCUGAUCUGCAGCAGUGAUUCAAACCCUCCUGCUCUGAACUUCAGCUGGUUUAAAGGAGGAACAUUUGUUGGAUCUGGAAGAAUCUACAACAUCUCAAAGAUCAGCUCUGAUGACAGUGGAGAAUACAAGUGCAGAUCCAGAAAUCAACAUGGAGAGAAAUACUCUGAUGCUGUGACUUUAAACGUCAUGUAUCCUCCAAAGAGCGUCUCAGUGUCCAUCAGUCCAUCUGGUGAAAUAGUGUCAGGAGAUUCAGUGACUCUGAUCUGCAGCAGUGAUUCAAACCCUCCCGCUCUGAACUUCAGCUGGUUUAAAGGAGGAAUGUUUGUAGGAUCUGGAAGAAUCUACAGCAUCUCAAAGAUCAGCUCUGAUGACAGUGGAGAAUACAAGUGCAAGUCCAGAAACAAACAUGGAGAGAAAUACUCUGAUGCUGUGACUUUAAACAUCAUGUAUCCUCCCAGGAACGUCUCAGUGUUGAUAUCUGGAUCUGGUGAAAUAGUGUCAGGAGAUUCAGUGACUCUGAUCUGCAGCAGUGAUUCAAACCCUCCUGCUCUGAACUUCAGAUGGUUUAAGGAGAAUGAAAGCUCAGCUGUUGGAUCUGGACAGAGUUUCAGUGCACUACAGAGUGGACGCUUCUACUGUCAGGCUCACAAUCAACAUGGAUCUCAGAGAUCAGACGCUGUAACUGUCACAGUUCAUCAUGGUGCUGGUAGGAAUGUGAUUGUGAUCGCAGCGGCAUCUGGAGGAUUAUUCUUCAUCAUCAUAAUCAUCAUCAGCAGCAUCCUGUUUAUAGUUCAGAGGAAAAUGAAGAGCAGAAGAUCUGCAGUUCAUGAGUAUGAGAAUCCCAAUACAGGCACAUAUGCAGCUCUUGACCUCAGGUCCAGAUCUUUUGACCUGUACGACACACUCACAACUGUCCAUCCCAGACCUGCUGUUCACCAGUCAGGCUCUUCUGAAUAUGAGAAUCAGUCAGUAAGUGGGAGAUCAUCAGGUCUUCUCAAUAUCAUCAAUAAAGAAGAAAAUGUCCUCACUACUAGUCAAUAGAUACUGAACAACACUUUCAUUCAGUUACACGCUAGACUAGAAGAGUAAUUUCACCAACAGUAAACAAAUUCAGUUUUGUGUAAAUAUGUUUCUAUUGUCUUAUGACCCUUGACUUUUUUUAAGUACAGCUGUUUGUGGAAAACGUUUUUGCAUUGAUAAGACAGACCAACAUCGAAUGACUACAUUAAAGUGACUGCCCUCUAGAGGAGAAACUUAAACUACAUUACCCUUUAUUCAUUCAAAAUAUUUCCUCAUCUGCUAAUCUUUGGUGCAUGUGAGCUUCAAGAGCUGGUACUUCCGGGGCUACUAGUCAGUCAGAUAAAUACCAUUUGGGAUAAAUGGGAACACUAAUGCUGUAUUCCAGGUAUUAUAUAGACUCCUUUGGGAUAUUAACAAUUCAAAAAUCAGCAAAAAUCUGUUUAUAACUAGAGAUGUCAUAGUAACAGGUCUGUAACAUCAGCACUCGUCUGUUUCUUAGCUCACAAUGGUAUGAUGAUUACAUGGUCACAUGAUCACAGUCAACACUAGAGUGAUGCUGCUGUGGUUUUGUUUUCUCACCUCCCUCGCUACAGAGGAAACCGUAUUUUUGGCCAUAUUAAGAGUUUCACGAGAAACCAGAAAGCACACAAGGUCACUGUCAGAAUAAAAAGCUUUGAAGAUAUCAUAUGACGAGAACCUUUAGAUAUAAAGAUGCAAGUUCAAUAUUCAGUUAAUCUAUUAAUUACUUUUAUUUUGUUACUUUAGUCUAAUGUCAUCUCUGAUGUUGCCCUGUUGCCUUAUUUACACCCUGCUAUGUGAGCACUAGGUGAAGUGUCAUAUCCUUAUGUUAAAUAUAAAGUGUUUAACCUCAUAAAAUCCCCCAUGCUGGUUUCACUCUGUUCAUUUGUUCUGUUGUCACUCGUCAUGAGUGUUGGUGAAACAGGUAAGACCAUAAUUUAUUAAUAAUUGAUCGUUAGAGUCAAAUAUGUUAUAGGGGAGACUGGGGCUAGUUGUCACACGGACGGUAACUAUAAGGUUUAAGGUCAAAAGUUGAAGUGGUUUUGUAUCUUGGUUACAAAUACUUAUUUAAAUCUGCCUUAGAUUAAAAUAGCUCCAGUAUCAUUGUGUAUUGUAACAUAAGUUGGGUAACAAAUGAACAAGGUAAAACCACAGUAACAUACAUUAAGACACAAGUUGAGUAUCUAAUGAAGUAGAUCUGAACUGAAAGCUUGAACUGUGUACUCAAGAAGGGUUGGGGCACGGUGUCACAAAAUGAAAAAAAUAUAUAUCCCCCCCGCUGUUGAUACUCAAGAAUACUUUAAGAUGUGUCUCUAUAGACAGUAACUUUAUACAUAUUCACUAGAGAAAAAGUGUGUAGAUAGAUAGAUAGAUAGAUAGAUAGAUAGAUAGAUAGAUAGAU